UCUGCGAUCGUUCCGAGGCGCCGUACUGGUACCGAAUGGCUGCUUAUCUGACGACUCGGAGCUGAAAUAAUUGUUUAUUUCAAGCAGAACUCUUCUAUAUUCUAGUAUGGCGACUUCGACUCUUGAAGCACUUCGAACUUCCAAGAAGGGGAACCUUAUAUACGACAAAUAUUGGCUCGAAGAUGGACGUGUAGAGGAUGUGAUCACUCAUUGUUCAUCUCCUCCUUCUGUGUCGGUUGAUCUGCUCGCUGCUGCUCUCUCCAAGGUCCAGCUAGCUUCCCCCAUCACAGAGGAACAGAGAGAUUCUAUAGAAACGGGAAGUAGGAAGAACAGAAGUGGCUUAGUCAGUGAUGAUGUAGAGGUUGAACACAACUAUAGCAGAAGGAUAGCAGUGGAAACUAGCCCAAAUGUGCUGAAUGAAAAGAGCCAUGUUGAACGUGCCCUCCUCCAAUGUGAACAGGAAUGGGAGAAGGUUGCCAAGGAGAGAGUAAAAGAGAGACAAUGGCAGUUACAGGAACACUCUAAGCAGGUCCAAGAACAAGCAGAGCAGAAUGUGGCCUUGAAAGCCCAGCAGAGGGAACUGAAGCAACAGGCCCUGGUUCAGAUGAUGAGGCAGGCUCAAAGAGAGGUGGAUGAGAUGAGGGAAAAGAGACUCUUACAUCAGCAAGAACGUCAUAGAUUACAUGUGAAGAGGCUGGAUGCUAAAAUGAAAGCUGCUGUUCUACAAAGAGAAGCUGAUGAAAUGGAGAAGAGGAAGAGAGCAAAAGAGCGACAAGACUUCCAACAGAGUUUAAGUCGAGUAAAGAGUCAGGUGGACGAGGCAGCCAAGAAGAUACUUCAUAUGCUCCAAUCUUGCUCUCACAAAGAACACCUGUCUGAGGAGUCUAGAAAGCUCCCAACAGUAAUCCAAGCUCUAUGUAAAAAGGCUGAAUCCCUUGUACAUGAAGCUUCAGAAGUGGAAUCUUUCAGAGGCUUGGAGAGGACCAUGCAGACGGUUGUGGAACAACUUGUGUUGAAACAAGAAGAGGCAAUCAAAGCAAUAGCCGAAGCAGAGAGACAUUAUCAGGAAGAAGUGACAAGGAAGGAGAAAGAGAAGGAGAGGCUGGAGAAGGAGAAAGAACAAGCCAAGAAAUUAGAAACCAAACCAGAACCCAAACAACCAGAACCAUCUACAUCAGCAGUAGCAGAUGCUUCCCUUGAAUCCUGUAUUAGUCCAGAUGCACUGAAGGAGUAUACCAGUCUCCAAGAUAAGCAUAAAAUGUUGGAAGAAAGCUGCAAGGGACUUAGUAAAACCACUGAUAAAGAUGUGAAGAAGUAUCGGUUUGACCUUCAGAAGGCGGUAAACACACCCAUCAACUCGGUGUCUGUCCAGUCGGGCUCCCAUCUCCUUGAUAAGCUCAGUCGUCUAAAGGAUCUGCUCAUGGGCCGUGAGGUCCAGAUGGUAAACCGUAGGGUCAAGGCAACCCAGCCAACGGGGGUGACGUAUGUCAAGGAUCUUGCUGCUAAGAAGCUAGUGAAACAAGGUGAUGAGCAGGUCUCAUCCAAUCACGAGUCAGCGUUUGCCUAUGCAGCAAUAGCAGUGGCUCUAUGGCAGGAUAUACCAGACAUGGGUGAUUUGUUUCUACAUCACUUCUAUGCAAGCUGUCCCUUUCUGGUUCCUUAUCACAUGGCAAAAAGAGAUGAUCAAAGUCUCGAGGACUAUUACAAAUGCCUUGGUUACUGCUAUGAGAGUGAAGGUCAGAUAGAGAAGCAAGAUAAGUACCUGAAAAGGAUGUCAGGAUUCACUAGAUUAUAUGCAGCUAUCAUUGCUACUCCACCUCUUCGAGGACAGUCUCAUCCCCAUGGUGUAGAAAGAGGAUGGAUCUUUAUCUCUCGGGUUUUGAACCUCAAACCUCAGCCAGACAUCACUGCAACUACUCUCUUUGAUUUCCUAGAGGUUUGUGGUCAGACAUUAUCAGAGGCAUAUGGAAAACAAUUCUUCAAGCUCUUACAAACAAUCUACAAAAAUUACUUCCCAAAGAUUGAAGCUGUUACUCCACAAGGUUCUGGUGGUCCAGUAAUGAGACUAAAAAGCUUUUUAGAGGAUUGUCUGAAGAGACAGAGAGUACCACCUCCCAAGGGUUUCCUCACAUCAGAUUUCUGGAGGUCAUGACCUCUGAAGGUCGUGACCCUUCGAACUUACUCUCACGGCUAGAUGUUUCCUGUUCUAUGACCUCUGUAGAUUGUGACCCUAGAACUCUACUGUCACGCUUAGAUCAGACUUCUGGAUGUCAUGAAGGUAUUGACCCUCCAAAUCUACUCUCACGCUUAGAUCGGACUUCUAGAGGUCAUGACCCUUCAAUUCUUCUCUGACAGCUAGGAAUGUCCUUUUCCAUGACUUGACACUAUGUUUUCAAGGAUUGAGAUUUUUCCUGUCAAUUUGUACUUGAUAAAGCAUAUCUUGUGAAAUAUAAAUGGGAAGGAGGGGGUGUAGUAGGGGCCGCGGAACGGUUUUCAAACUGGGGGGGCUGACCAUGCAAAAAAUAACAAUCAUACAGUAAUUUUUACAUUUGUACAUGGUUUUGGAAAAAAAGGGGGGGGGCUGAAGCCCCUCCCCUGCUCCCGUGGCCCCUGUGUAAGGCAAUAGGCCUAAAGAUUAUUUAUUUAAAUUGAAUUGCACAAUUGUGUAAAUAUCCAAAUAAUUUUUAAGGAAUGUUUUGAAAGAAAAUUUGUUAGUUGUUUCUAGGUUUAUUAUACCCCACCCCCUUUGAAUGCACUUUGUUUCAGUUUCAGGUUUCUCAUCAUCUGUGUUUCUAAUGGGAUUGUAAGCGGGCCAUGCGCUUUAUACUAUAGUGACCCGAUUCCCCAAAUAUGAAUAUCAAGUGUUGGCCUUGUUAUAAUCAAUUGCAAAACCAAAUUGGGCUUUAAUAAAAGAUGAUGGUUGUUUGCACAUUUGACAAGACUGACCAGUACAGUGCAACUAGUUAAAAUUAUUGUUUCAAAUUAUGAUUGAUCCCUCACCUAUGUAACAAUAUAAUAUGAUAACUUACCAACUGUGAAUUAACUUCUUUCAAGGAAAGAGCUUUCAAAUCAUUCUCAGUCAAUUUGAAAAUCAGGACAAAUGAGUGCAGCGAGCCAGGGCCUCUUGACAUCUGAGCUGAAUUAUAUAUUCAUGAGAAACGUCUUCCUAAUGAAUAUACAUGAGUCAUGAAUAUUACCAGUCACAUAGGAAACCAAUGAUAUGUCAAAGCUGUUUUUUCCGAGAUUCGGAAUACUAGUAGUCCACUAUUCUGCAGGGGAUUCAUUUAAUUG